GCGGAGCGACCGUGCCGGUGAAGCGGCACCCCAUAUAUAUCGGGGGGUUCUUCCCGAAAUUCAACGACCCGGCGUAUGACUUAUUGCCUGAUACGGUACAGACAGCCAUCGAUCAUGUCAACAAUAUGAGCGGGCUGCUGGAUGGCUAUGAGUUACGGUUGAGAUGGGAAUGGACCAAUGGUGGCCCCGCUAAUGCACUGCAACUUCUCCACGACUUCAUCUACACAGAGCCCCGCGUGCUAAUGACUUGGGGGCCGGCGUUAUCUAGCGAGGCUAUAGUAGUGAACGAAGUAGCCGCAAGAUACAACCUCAUUCAGAUCGGUCUGGCCAAUUCACCGACCCUUGGAGGGCAGAGCUACCCGCUGACCAUACGGAUUUGGGAGGAGGAAAACGAGGUCAACCCUGCCAGAGUGGCCUUGAUGAGGAAAAUGAACUGGUCAAGGUGUGGCCUUAUCUUCGAUGAGUCAAGUUUCAGACAGCAUUUCGAUGAUCUCGCUGAGCUUCUGCGCACCUCAGGUAUCAGCGUGGUUGCUAUGGAGACGGUACAAGACGUCACGCAGUCUCAGGAACAGAUCAAAAGCCUGAGGCAACAUGAUGCUAGAAUCAUUUUCAUGGGCUUCUACCAGGAGGCGGCCAAAUAUAUCUUUUGCCAGAUCUACAACAGCGGCUUACGAGGACCCAAGUACGUGUGGGUCGUCCCUGGCUGGUACGCGGCGGAGUGGUGGUUAACGGCCUCAGUCACAACUCACGGUUGCUCAGCUGAACAGCUGGAACAACUCCUGCUGUAUCAUAUCUUCGUCAGUGGAGUUCAGAUUAUUGACGACGUAAACCGCAUGGAUUAUCAGGGUUUUAGGCCGCAGUUGGAUCAAACGCAACGGGCCUACCUGGAGUGGUUACGAUCACAGAGUAUCAUUGACAACAACUGGGCAACACUGGCCUAUGCAUACGACGCCCUCUUCGUCAUUGCUUUAGCUCUUAACUCUUCCAUUGCGGACCUGAAAGAAAUGAUACCACCGAGGAGACUCGACGCGUUUGACUUCAGCGACAGGGAGAUGACGCAGGUUUUUCUACGGAACGCCGAGGCGAUCGACGUGUACGGCAUAACGGAUCACUUGGUUAUUGGUAAGGACAGGGCGAGGGACUUCACGGAGUACGUAUACAUUGAGCAGAGUCAAGGUAAUGGUUCUUAUGUGAAGGUUGCCAAAUAUGACGCUGAAAAGAAAUCAGUGACACUUCUACAAGGAAAGACGUUCAUGUGGUCAGGUAAUGACCCUCCCGUAGACGGUAUAACCGAGAUUGAAGAAUGGAUCACCGUCCCUCUUGCCAGUAAAGUCCCAUGUUAUCUUCUGUCCGCACUGGGCACUUUACUUGCGCUGUUCUUUCUGACGAUCAACAUUCGAUACCGGCAGAAAAGGGCCAUCAAGUUAUCAAGUCCCAUGCUGAACAACCUGAUAGUCGGCGGAUGUUUGUUUCUCUACGCGUCUGUCUUCGUCUUCGGCUUGGACGUGUCACAGCUGAAGGAGGGCACCUUCAUCACUGUUUGUUUUAUUGAAACUACACUUCUUUGCAUCGGCAUUUCUCUGGCGUUUGGGGCGCUCUUCCUGAAGACUUAUCGCAUUCAUUUAGUUUGGACCAACUCCAUGCGUCACGCUAAGAGAAUAGAGAUAUCUGAUACCAAGCUAAUGGCUGGCGUCGCAUCCAUGGUAACCGUUGACGUCAUCAUCAUUCUGCUGUGGGUCGUAGUGGACACAACGAAUGUGACAAAUGUGCUUCUGGCAUCAAAGCUAGAUGAGUCAAAUCCAAUUCCGGAGGUGUAUAAAGUGCCCAUGUACCGGGAGUGUACCUCGGACAAUCAGAUUGUCUUCAUCGCCAUCAUCUAUGCCAUCAAGGGCCUGCUCAUGUUGGGAGGCAGCUUUCUAGCGUGGGAAAUGAGACGGAUCACCAUAGCAGAGCUGAACGACAGUCGUUUCAUCAUCAUGUCCAUCUACGUUGUCGUACUGACCUUGGCCAUCACCGUGCCGACACUGACCGUCUUAGCCGAGAAUCGAGGCUUGUAUUUCACCGUGAGGUCCCUGGCGAUCAUAGUCGCCAACACCGCGGUCUUGUGUCUGGUCUUUGUUCCUAAGGUUGCAUUAUUUUUGAAGACAAAAGAUGGCGAAUUAAAGUUACACUUUGGUCGAGACCAGAUGAGCGGCUCGAAGUCACCCGGAUCUACCCUCAACAUGGGGCCGGGUCAAACGUCGGGACUCAUGGAUAAAUUAGUCCAGAAACACAGAGAGUUAUCUGAACUCAACGCUCAACUCACCCUGCUCUUAGCGAAUAAAAAUAUCCCAUCGAGCAAAGACAAGAACCAGCAGGGUGGCCGCACGAGAGGAAGGUUACGUCUGCCAUCUCCGAAUGAAACUACGGAACAUUCAAGAAUUUAGAGCUAUGAAUGGAUUUCAGAUCCAUUGUUCCAUACAUGCUGCGUUAUCUCGUCUUUAUUGUAAAGGUUACUGAAGCGUAUGGCACUGAUUGUUUUACAAACCAUACUUUUGCACAUUGCACUAGCGAUAUCAUUGAUGAUCACACACACACAAGUGUGUAUUUGCCUGCAAUCGGGGACCCCCUA